CUAGACUCCUUACUAGCUGUUGAAUUAACAAUGACCACAAAGUCCUUUUCUCCUUUCGUCCUCUUAUAGAUUCGUCACCGACUUUUCUUCACUUUCCACUCCACUCUCCCACUACUGCAGAUGCUCCAUAUUCUCCGCCAUGGCUGACCCGAAUCGACCCGUUACCGGUUACCCCGCCGCCGCCGGUCCUCCUCCAAACCACAAUGGCUACCCCUCUGCUCAACCUCCACCUCCGGCCACCGCCUACCCUUACGCUGCACCACCGUAUUACAACAACUACCCCUACCCAGACCCUUACGCGGCCCAGCGUAAUACCUUUCUCCGACGAGUGAUAGCUAUACUUGUUGCUUCUACGAUCAUCACCGGAACAAUUCUCUUUGUCAUCUGGAUUGUCAUUCUUCCACGCAUCCCUGAGUUUCAAGUCGACUCGCUCUCUGUUUCUAACCUCAAUCUGUCGAAUUCCCUCAUAACUGCUAACUGGGAUCUCCGAUUUACUGCCAGGAAUCCAAACAAGAAGCUUACUCUGUACUACGACGAAAUUGCUGCUGCGAUUUUCUAUGAUUCACUCUCAAUUGCUGAUACUACGGUUCCACCUUUCUUUAUGGAUAGGGUAAACGAGACUUCCCAGGAGGUUAGAUUUGUUGCGUCUGGGGCGUAUGUGGAGAAAUGGGCUUUUGAGGGUAUGGGAAAAGAGAGGGUUGAAAAGGCAAGUGUUAGAUUCAAUGUGAGGAUGGUAGCUAGGGUUAGUUUUAAAGCUGGAGCUUGGAGAGCAAGGAGGAGGUAUUUGAGAGUUUACUGUGGGGAUUUGUCAGUUGGAGUUGCGUUAAACAAGUCUUCUGGGAACUUGCUUGGAGGACAAAGGCAGUGUCGGGUUGGGCUGUGAUGGUGGCGUUUUAACUGAGGUUACAAAUCCCACUUGUUAUGGACAAUUACUUGUAGUUAUCUUUGAAGUGACUGGUGACCUGAUAGUAUGAAAGUUCUAUUACACUGUAAGUGUGUAAAAGUAAGCUCUUCCAUAUCCUACCUUGUUGAAGCCAACAAUUCCCAUUUCCAGCUAUGCGUAGGGAAUGGAAUCUCCAGGAGUUGUUAUCCUUUGUGCAUGUUUUUACUCCCCAUCAGAUGAUUUACGAGAGUUCUUUUGGUUCUGGUGCUAUAAGUCAUCAUCACUUCCAUUUUUUCUGUAGAAUGUCUUGUAUAAACUGUUUCUUCGACUGUAAAAGCUUACAGCUCCAACUUAGUAUAUAUCUUUACUUCCAGUUUAUUUGUAUUGAAUUGUUAUUCCACUUGUUUUUGCUCUAGACCGGAAGUAAAA